CAAUGGACAUUGAAAUAUGGGCCGUUGUGUUUCUAGGUUCCGUGAAAAUUGUUCAGUUUCUCGCCGUGUCAUAUUUCUACUUUGAGCAACAAAAAUCACAAGACGACGACUACCUAUACGAAGUCACCGACAUGAAGAUGCAGCAAGUCGGCGUGGACUACUGGGCGAUGGCGAAGUCGAUGUUCACGUACGGCGCCCUAACGGCGCUGUGCUGGAUCAUGCUUCGGCUGUUCAGCGCUGUGUUCACGCUGCCGAGACGGAUGCGGCAGCAGCAGCAGACUAUACAGCAGUCUUUGCAAGAACUACAGAGACGUUUCCCGGACCUCAAUAUAACAGAAGAGGACCUCAUAAACGCAGAAAAAGAGCUCGAUGACUUGAUAAAGGAGCACGAUGAAAAAACAGAACAAGAAAAGAAAGAAACAGAGGAGAAAGCAAUAGAAGACAAGGAGAGACCAGCCGAAGAAACUCAGACGAAUAAAAUCGAAGAUAAAAAGACCAUUUAAUAUUGAAAUAACAUUUAUUAAAAAUAGCACAUAUUUUUCUAUUAUCAUUAUGCACAUUAUUAAAUGUUCAUAGACAGUC